UCAAAAUUCCAACAAUCCGUGUUUUAUUUUGAAGGCGACACUUCCGUUCUGGCCUGACGCUCGUUUGACGCUGGCUUGACCCCGCCCACUCGGCUCCGCUAAGGCGCUCACGGGGACACGUGACGGUCGCCGGUCGGUGGUGACGAGUCGGAUCUUCUUCUUCCCUCGGCAGAACGAGACGAUGAUGAUGAUGAUGUACCCGUGGGACCGCUGGUUCUCCACGAGCUGCUGCCUGUGCUGCCAUGUCCGCACAGGGACCAUCAUCCUGGGGGUCUGGUACAUGCUCAUCAAUGCCGUGGUGUUGCUCAUCCUGCUGACAGCGCUCGGUGAUCCUGAGCAGUACCACCUGACCAGCGCUGAGUUGGCUCAUGACCUGGACGUCAUGGAUGAUGCCAACAUGUGCAUCGCCUCAGCCAUCUCCUUACUGAUGAUUCUCAUAUGUGGGAUGGCGACAUACGGUGCGUACAAGCUGCGCGCCGCUUGGAUCGUCCCGUUCUUCUGCUACCAGAUAUUCGAUUUUGCGCUCAACGCGCUGGUGGCCGUCAGCAUCGUGGUGCACCCGAACACGGUCCAGGACUACCUGCAGCAACUGCCCGAUAACUUCCCCUACAAAGAGGAGAUUGCUGCUCUCAGCAGCGUGUGCUUGGUCCUCGUCGUGCUCCUCUUCAUCGGCUGUAUUCUCGGUUUCAAGGCGUACCUCAUAGCGUGUGUGUGGAACUGCUACAGAUACGUGAACGGCCGCGGCGCCUCCGAAGUCCUGCUCUAUGUCACGAGCAAUGACACCACGGUGCUGCUGCCUCCGUAUGAUGACAGCGUCAGUGUCCCGCCCAAGCAGCAGGCUCCUCCCCCUUACUCCACGGCCACCGCAUGAGAACCUUCCCACCGCGCACCCUGUCGCCGAUGAACCCCCCCGGCAAGACUCUUACGCACCACACGGCCUCUCUUACAGCACACACACACACACACACACACACACACACUAACACACACACGUACAAAAUCACACCACACACGUUAAGCUCCUGCUCAUCCCUGAUCCUGUUACAUUCACACUCACAUUUAUCCUGUAACCCUUCCAAGUUAUUCCUUUGGUCUGUACGCAUCUGAUUGAAGUAACACACGUUUGACGUGAUGAUAGAUUAUAUUUCUACUAAUUCUAUUUAUCCCCCUGUGUGUUCUCUGUGAUAGUAUUUCGUGAGUCCUAACUUUGAUAUUCAUAUUCAACUCAUGAUGGUGACGAGUCGUCACGUGUCUCCUGUUUGUCUGUUUGCCUCUGCUUGUCUUUGGGCUCGAUUUGCCUUCGUUCAUUACUUUCUCUCUGAGGCGUCGCACUUUACAUGUGUGUGUGUGUGUGUGUGUGUGUGUGUGUGUGUGUGUGUGUGUGUGUGUGUGUGUGUGUGUGUGUGUGUGUGU